UUGGUCAAGAGAAGACCCGCACGCUUGGAUGGUUCCACCUCGACCAGUGUACAUGAUCAGACCUGUUUGCACAGCGAGGCCAGUGCCCGGAUAUCACUGUAGUCAAACUCUGAGUGAAGGUAAUUGUGUCAUUAAUUAAACGUGUCUGGAUGCAUGGGAGCUACCCAACCCGCGCUCCACCCUACCAAUUAGCCCGACUAGACGAGUCGCGUUAUAAUUGGUGGCAGUGCGCACACCAUGAGCUCAGUCUACGAUCUGUCAUUUCCCAAAGCAAACACUAGACUCAUUGGACCUUCCGCAGUCGUCAGCGAACUUCACUCGAUUUGGCAACCUCACACCAGGUUAUUUCCUGACACAGCCCUUGAACGCCCCUGGUGGUUUGUCCUUGAGUGAACCGCAUCGCGAACUUCUCUCGUCAAGUUGCAGAGGAAGACGUGCUUCGCAGUCCAUUCGCAAGUUUCAACGUCUCCGUCUUCCCCGUUUCCUCACCCCGAGCUAAACGCAUUCCCAACUGGUUCUUAAAGGAAACCUACUUUGUGUGGACAUUCGCACCUGCCUCCUGACAGACUGAUCGUGGCCAGUGGGCCAACAACUGAAGAUACAACCCCCUGGCAGCUUUCAUACCAGAACUAACCAUGACGACUAUUCCGGGCCUCGUCCUCGUUCUUGCUUAUUUAGCAGCUACCCAAGUCAUUCUCGGGGCUGACAUUAGCAGCAGCACCAGCAGCAAUACUCAGCCUACGCCCCUCAGCUCGCGGAUGGAGAGCAAGAUUCUCAGCAUGCUAGGCUUAAGCGAGAGGCCCAGACCGCGACCCAACGCCACCGCUCCGCAGUUCAUGUUGGACCUGUACGACAAAUUGCAGAACAGGUCGAACUCGGAACAUACAGCCGGACGAUGUUCAUUUCCCGACCCAGCCUUCCCCGGCAACAUCGUCCGCAGUGUCCCAAAUGCAGGUACAAAACUUAAGGCUUUGGCAAAAUCCGACCGGCGCUUCCGUCAAAUCCUGCACUUCAACUUGUCAUUCAUCCCUUCCUCGGAGACUAUCACGGGGGCACAUCUGAGGUUGGAGUUUCUGGACGUGGUUAGAAAAGUGAGACCUUCUUCGACAGUCCACCUGAAACUCUACCAGAUCACGCAGGCUGUGGAUGAGAUGAGGUCAGCCAGCGUCGAAGGCACCAGGAGUUCGUUCCGUUUGCUAGCAUCGCUGGUCAUUGACGUAUCGCAGGCUUCACCGGAGACAAUCGACAUGUUGCCCGUGGUACAGGAAUGGAGGGCGGGCCUGAAUGGAAACACCGGACUGUACGUAGCCAUGGACAUUCAGAAGACCGAGGGCCUGCCUAAGAGGAAGGCCAACGCCAUCUUGGCCAAGAAGCUGGGUAAACUUCGACGGAGGACGGCAACGCUGGUGGUGGUGUCGGUGGACGGCGAGAAGUGCCGGAACCGCUUCCGAAGGAGCGCUGACGAGGAGGAGGGGACUGCCCGCCCCGUGCCUCACCCAAAUGACUGCCAGAGACGCCGCCUGUACGUCAGCUUCCGUGAUGUGGGUUGGCAAGAUUGGAUCAUCGCGCCCAUGGGCUAUCAGUCGUACUAUUGCGGUGGGGAUUGCCCCUUCCCAUUAGACAGCAGGCUGAACGGCACGAACCACGCCAUCAUCCAGUCGAUGGUCAACUCGAACAGUCCGGAGUCGGCCCCAAAGGUCUGCUGUGCGCCGACCAAGCUCUCGGCGAUCUCAAUGUUGUACUUUGACAAUGAAGACAAUGUGGUCCUAAGACAGUACGAAGAUAUGGUAGUUGAGUCUUGCGGAUGUCACUAAUGAACAUAAUUAAAAAGCCGUUAAAUAUAUCAGUAUUAAACAGAGUUUGCAAUGUUGAGAAUCUGACUCCAUGGAGAAGUUUUAAGGUCAAAGCCCUUCGUAAAAAAAGAAAGUAUUCCCGUGAUGAAAGUUCCCCAGAUCAAAUCAUCUCAGUGUGCAUUUUUUAAGCUCAUGCUAACUUCUGAUGGAGAUAUUCGUGUCAGUUCAAAACAUUUUGGACUCUGUUUAUCAUGAAAUGAAUAUUAUUAGACACGCUAAGCGAUCUUCUAGAAAUGUUUUAUAUGUUAUUUCUUAUACUCGUAUACUGUACAGAUAUGCUCAAAUGCAUGUAAAUUAUGAAAUCAAUUAUUUAAUGUGUUCAAUUGUAAAUACGAGUCAAAAAGUUUAAAUGGAUAUACAUCAUCUUUGAGCACACGACAUGGCGAUUAAAAACAGAAGACCAAACAAAGUCCUCGGGUUACUAAUAUUAAAAAAAUCAACAAAUUGGCAGGUUCAUAUGAUAUUUCCCCGAUUUGAUGUUAGGCCUAUGAAUAUUACAACUGUUGUUUCUCGGUUUAGUGUGAAAGCUUGACAAAUUUCAGUGAAUUUGGACAAUUUAAAAAGUUUCUGUUUAAGUAAACUGAGAGCAAGAACAUAAAAAAUUCCAACUAACGUAUGAGACAUGAAAUAAUUGAAUUCAUCCCCAUAUUUCAAUGAUGUUGCAAUUGUUUUUGUGUAAAGUAUGCCUCUGUGUAUCAACGGAUGUAUUUCGUCUGUACAGUGAUUGAAUGAAAGUGUAAAUAAAAUGAAUGGAAUACGUGAAGGAACUUGGAAA